GGCCGCGCGGGGCCGCUCGCGGGAACCCGGGACAGUCGGGAGCCCGGCGGGUUACGCGGCCGGAUGAGGGAGGCGAUGGAGCCGGAGCCGGAGGUGCUGCUGCAAGAAGCCCGCGAGAACGUGGAGGCGGCGCAGAGCUACCGGCGGGAGCUGGGCCAGCGGCUGCAGGGGCUGCGGGAGGCGCAGAGGCAGAUAAAAGAGAGUGCUUCACAGACAAGAGAUGUCCUCAAACAUCAUUUCAGUGAUUUAAAAGGAACCCUUGGAAAGCUGUUGGAUGAGCGAUUGGUAACCCUUUUGCAAGAGGUGGACACCAUUGAGCAGGAGACCAUCAAACCAUUAGAUGACUGCCAAAAGCUCAUAGAGCAUGGAGUUAACACCGCAGAUGACCUGGUCCGAGAAGGUGAGAUCGCCAUUCACGGAGGUAUAGAAGAACAUAAUGAUAAAUUGUGGAAUUUUACCAAAAAGGCCUCACACAUUCAGUUGGACAGCUUACCAGAAGUGCCUUUGCUAGUUGAUGUACCCUGUUUAUCUGCUCAGUUGGAUGAUUCCAUUCUUAACAUAGUGAAAGACCACAUUUUUAAGCAUGGAACAGUAGCUUCCCGCCCACCAGUACAGAUUGAAGAAUUAAUAGAGAAACCUGGAGGCAUCAUAGUGCGAUGGUGUAAGUGGACGACUGGCUUUGAGGGGUACAGUCUGAGCAGUCGGAGGAACAUAGCACUCCGAAAUGAUGCCGAGUCCUCGGGCGUCCUCUACUCCAGCGCUCCCACCUACUUCUGCGGGCAGACCUUAACAUUCAGAGUUGAAACUGUGGGGCAGCCAGACAGAAGAGACAGUAUAGGAGUGUGCGCAGAAAAGCAGAACGGCUAUGACUCUCUGCAGCGUGAUCAAGCUGUGUGCAUAAGCACAAAUGGUGCAGUUUUUGUCAAUGGAAAAGAAAUGACUAAUCAGUUGCCUGCGGUUACCUCUGGGUCCACUGUCACAUUUGACAUCGAAGCUGUGACUCUAGGAACUGCCAACAGCAGUGAAGGAGGCGGUGUCAAGCUCCGAGUAACCAUCAGCUCCAGUAACAGGGAGGUGGUGUUUGAUUGGCUGCUUGACCAGUCCUGUGGCUCUCUCUACUUCGGAUGUUCAUUUUUCUAUCCUGGAUGGAAAGUGCUGGUGUUUUAGCAUUUUGAGGGCUUGGCUUUGGUUUGAGGGUUUGCUGUUUCUGUCCUCAGCCUAGUUGGAUCUGACUUUAAAAAGGUGAAUUAUCUCUUGGACCACCAGAAAUGGAAAGUGUUGCUGGAUUUGCAUUGUAAUAUUUCAGUAAGAGACCUGGUGUGGCGACACACACCUUAAUCCCAGCACUUGGGAGACAGAAGCAGGUGAAUCCCACCUGAUCUACAGAACAAGUUCCAGGACAGCCAGGACUGUUACACAGAGAAACUAUACUUUGAGCCCCCCUCCCCCCAAAAAAGUAGUAUUUCAGUAAGAAGUGAGCUGAAUGGCGUGGACAAAAUCAUAGUUCAGUUUUGUUUUUAGCAUAAAUAUCAAACUAGCUUUAAAGUCUGCAUUCCUUUCCACUGUUCCUAAAGUCGGUCAAUAGAACAGAAGAAUGUCACACCAUUAAAUCUUCAGCAAGAUCAGGGGCUGAGAAAACAGCAGGAAAGACAGCUAGAGCCCGGGACUCUAAUCCUGUCCAGUCUUAUGUCGUUGCCCCUCCCACCCCCUUAGGGCACUAACUGUUCCUCUGUUCAGCAUCUCUGAGUCUGCGAAGUUAGUGGAUUCUGCAUUUUUACAGCACCUGAGCAAGUGUCUGCCGUAGCCAGUGUUAGUGUCCUCUGUCUUUCCUGGCAGCAUGAGACAAGACACAGGACGGAGGGUCUGUAUUCCUCACAGUGAAGCCACUUACAGAAGUACACAGCAGUGUUAGUCGGGUCACAUGUGCACAGCAUGCUCCCGUGUGCACCCUGCCACAGCCAUGCACGUGGACCAUGCAGAGUGUCACGGUCCAGUGUAAUAUCAGGUUGAGAAAUGGUCUUUUAACGGACUGAAGAAAUAGCGGGUAAAUACUUGACCUACUUUUUUUUAAACUUAAAUUUGUGUAAAAUAUUUAUUUGACUGACUUAAUAUGUAAAAAAUUGUGGUCUUAACUUGUUAUACCAGCAUACAGAUAAGUUUUAAUGUGAAUUUUUUUUUCUUUUUGUUUUUACCAGUAGUAAAAAAGUGGAAAAGCAAGUGUAAUAUUUUUGUAAGAUAAUUUAUUUGGGGCUUAUAUUCCCUUUCGACAAUCAUGGCCUUUCCUCCUUCCCUUGUUUUGUGCAAGUGUGUGCCUUUUCUCAUGUUAACCAUGGCCUUUCCUCCUUCCCUGUUUUGUGUAAGUGCCUUUUCUCAUGUUAAUAAGUUCUCAAGUGUAGGUGCCUUUAUCCAGCCUUUCGAAACAAAAUAAAAA